GGAGGGGUGGGAGGGAAAAGCGCGAGCUCCCGAGCAGGGGGAAGGGGGUCACCAGCGGCACGAGCAUCCCCCUCGUUAACCGCCGCCGGCGGAGGAGAGACCCGGGCGGCAACGGAGGCAUAGGAGGAGGCGCCUUCCUUUUCUCUGAGCGAGCUCCUCUGGGCCGGUCUCCUCAGCCAGGAAACCUUCCUUCCCCCUCUCCUCCUCCUCCUCCUCCCCCACCUCCCCUCCCCAAGUCUCGUUGCCGGAGGAGCGACCCCCUCUCCUCCCCCCGCCCGAACCGGCAAAUGAACUCGGUCCGAGCCGCCAACAGGAGACCCAGGCGAGUGUCCAGGCCGCGCCCGGUGCAGCAGCCGCCGCCGCCACCGCCUCCUCCUGUUCAGCCGCCUCAGCAGCAGCAGCCACUGCAACUGCCGCCGCCACCUCCACCGCCACCGCCACCGCCGCCGGAGAGGAACAACAACAACGCCGUAGCUGCCGCCGCCGCCGCAGCCGCUAUCGCAGCUGGGGAACGGGAUGAUGAUGUACCUGCAGAUAUGGUUGCAGAAGAAUCGGGUCCUGGUGCACAAAAUAGUCCAUACCAACUUCGCAGAAAAACUCUUUUACCUAAAAGAACAGCUUGUCCUGCAAAGAGCAAUAUGGAGGGUGCUUCUACUUCAGCUACAGAAAACUUCGGCCAUCGAGCAAAACGUGCUAGAGUAUCUGGAAAAUUACAGGAUUUAUCAGCAGCACCUGCAGAACAGUAUCUUCAAGAAAAAUUACCUGAUGAAGUGGUUCUGAAAAUCUUUUCAUACUUGCUGGAACAAGAUCUUUGUAGAGCAGCAUGUGUAUGUAAACGCUUCAGUGAGCUAGCUAAUGAUCCAAUUUUGUGGAAGCGAUUAUACAUGGAAGUAUUUGAAUAUACACGUCCAAUGAUGCAUCCUGAACCUGGUAAAUUUUAUCAAAUAAAUCCAGAAGAAUAUGAACAUCCAAAUCCAUGGAAAGAAAGUUUUCAGCAACUGUAUAAAGGAGCACAUGUAAAGCCAGGAUUUGCUGAAUAUUUCUACAGCAACCCAGCAAGAUACAAAGGAAGAGAAAAUAUGCUGUAUUAUGACACCAUUGAAGAUGCAUUAGGUGGUGUACAAGAAGCUCACUUUGAUGGACUUAUCUUUGUUCACUCGGGCAUAUACACAGAUGAAUGGAUAUACAUUGAAUCUCCUAUAACGAUGAUUGGUGCAGCUCCUGGGAAAGUAGCAGAUAAAGUUAUUAUUGAAAACACAAGAGAUUCAACCUUUGUCUUCAUGGAGGGAUCAGAGGAUGCUUAUGUUGGUUAUAUGACAAUCAGGUUUAACCCUGAUGACAAAUCUGCACAACACCACAAUGCGCACCAUUGCUUAGAGAUUACAGUCAACUGCAGUCCAAUAAUAGAUCAUUGUAUUAUUCGAAGUACUUGUACAGUUGGUUCUGCAGUUUGUGUUAGUGGCCAAGGGGCUUGUCCCACUAUCAAGCAUUGUAACAUAAGUGACUGUGAAAAUGUUGGACUCUACAUCACAGAUCAUGCACAGGGGAUAUAUGAGGAUAAUGAGAUUUCUAAUAAUGCAUUAGCUGGGAUUUGGGUUAAAAACCACGGAAACCCUAUUAUAAGACGAAAUCACAUUCAUCACGGGCGCGAUGUUGGUGUUUUCACAUUUGACCACGGCAUGGUAAUGUAUAUAUAUUUCUUUGUGUGCAUAAGUACACAAGCAAAUAUAGAUAGAUGUGUUUUGCAGACAGAUUUUUAUGUGUAUGUAUGUCUCUUGGGAAGUGAAGCUUUUGUGAACAUUCAGGAUGUUUUUGUUAGCUCAUUAGUGUCCUUACCAAAGUAAUGAAUUCUCUUGCAUCUAUAGAACAAGUAUAUAGUAUGUUUAACAGGGAUAUUGAAGUCAAAAAGCUUGAGAAACAAUUGCCUUCAAGACAUCCUUAUGUUCCAUAACUCCUAUUCUCUGUGUAUUUAAGAGACAUAAUCAAUUGCCACUUAAAAACCUAAACUCUUCUAAUGCUAUUUUCAAUCUUUCAAUCAUUGCUCAGAAUUGUCUCUGUAAUACUUGUAUAUUAAUGUGGCAGCUUUUUUUUUGUUGUCUCAAAAAUAUAACUGCAAAUUCUCUUUACUUUUUUCCCCCUUCCAAUCUUGGUUACAAAGGCACUGUUGUUUUAUAUUCCAGCAAGACAUAAAGUGGGAAUUGCAAACAAUGAAAGCUUGAAAUGAAUGAGUUUUUUCUCUCUUCGUUUUAUAUUUGGAUAUGUAGUGGCAGUUCGGAUGAUGUUUGCAUAAAUCCCAUAUCACAAUAUCUUAGUUUUGCUAUUUCUCCAGCAGGA